CACCAACCUUGAAUUGGAGGCUCUUUUGCCAUAAAUGUGUGUUUUCUGGAUCUUUCAGCUGAGACGGGUCUUUGGAAAUUGCCUGCCUCCCUUCCCACCAAAGUACUAUCUCGCGAUGACCACAUCUAUGGCUAAUGAGAGGAGGGACCAGUUGGAACAUUAUUUGCAAAAUGUAACCGUGGACCCCAACAUGUUGAGAAGUGAUGUCUUCGUUGAAUUUCUAAAGCGGGUGCAGCUGAACACGUUCAGCAUCACCGCCAAGAAAGCUGCCCUGGACGUACUGCUGCCCGACGGAAGGAGCAUGGAAGUCGAAAUCCUCACAUCAGACACGGCCGAAAGGGUCCUGGAGGUGGUGUCACACAAAAUUGGACUGUGUCGGGAGCUCUUGGGCUACUUCGGCCUCUUUCUCAUUCGGUUUUGCAAGGAGGGCAAGCUCUCUGUCAUGAAAAAAUUAGCGGAAUUUGAACUCCCUUAUGUGAGUCUCCGAAGUUCUGAACUGGAAAACUGCAAGGUCGGACUCCGGAAGUGGUACUUGGACCCAUCCCUCGACUCCAUGCUGAUGGACUGCAGAGCAGCUGUGAAUCUGAUCUACAUGCAGGCCAUCCAGGACAUUCAGGGAGGAUGGGCCAAACCCACACAGGCACAGAGGCAGAAACUAGAGGCUCUCCAGGAAGAAGGCAACCAAACAAAGUUUCUGGAGCUGUCCCGGGAGGUGCGGCACUAUGGCUGCGUGCAGCUGGACCCUUGUACCUGUGACUACCCGGAGCCGGGCUGCGGGGCUGUGCUUUCCGUGGGCAAUAACGAGAUCAGCUGCUGCGUCACCCUGCCUGGCAGCCAGACCCAGCAUGUCGUCUUCCCGAUGAGCAGAGUCAAGUGCUGGCAGGUCACCUUCCUGGGGACUCUGCUGGACAUGGACGGGCCCCAGCGAACCCUCAACCAGAACCUGGAGCUCCGGUUCCAGUUCAGCGAGGAGGGCCACUGGCAGUGGUUCGUCCUUUACACCAAACAGGCUUUUUUGCUGAGCAGCUGCCUGAAAAAAAUGAUCUCAGAAAAGAUGGCAAAGCGAGCUGCGGAGAACCCCGAAAUGCAGAUUGAAGUUCCGGAACAAGGCAAACGUAAAAAAUACCACAUUCAACAAAGCCAGCAGAAAGACUACUCUAGUUUUCUACCAAGAACAAGCAAGAUGAAGACAGCUGAAGGCGACUGUGUUUCGGGGACCCCAGAGGAAGAAGGUCUUUGAAGAGAAAGUCUCACUUUCUAAAUUGUCCUCUACGGCUGUGUUGACCAUGCUUGAGCGUUCAAAGUGAGCUUCCUACCAUCAAUAACAGAAAUUUGACCCCUUCCUAUUUUUGUGACAUUAAGAUGGACCCACUUCGUCAAGACUACUUCAGAACUUUGUUAAACUCAAGAUGAAAAAGACAUGCGAGCCAAAGCUAUCCUGUUUGUUUUAAUGCCUCAUAAAUGACAAGUGGCAAAUCCAAAUCAAUUAGUAAGAAGCUUGUUCUUUCCUCCAUUCCCCUAAAAGAGACGUUUACCUGGCUCCGUGACGUCUUUUAUAUGUUCCGACACGACACGAAUAGAAAGGCUCAGCAGAAAGCGCUGUAAAUGCUUUGGAGUGAAGUUCUGAAGAUGACUCAUCAGCUGAGGAAAAGGUGGCUCUACGAAAUGGAAUCAUUGAAAAACAAAUUAGGACUUUACUGGCGUGUCCACAGCACCAGAGCAAGGAGGGGAGGAAAUAUUGAUUUGUUUCCUUACGUAAUUCUGAGCCUACUCCUGUGGGUGUUACUCACAGUAGUACAGAGUUCUCUGCUUCUCCACUCUUGUCAUUGUAUGCUGCCCUUAGAAUCCUAAAUUCAGCUCAGUGGUCCUCACGCUAUUUUGAUUAUUUUUAUUUUGGAAAGCAGUGGGUAGCAGUAUCCGAUACCUUGUAAGUCUCUUAGCUUUACAAAUACGUAUACUUCGUCACUAGAUUUUUCCUUAUCCAGUUUCAGUUUAUGAUGAUAAUUAAUGUAAUAUAUAUAGAAUUAUGACCGCAAUAAGGGAGAAGGACAGAAGAAUCUAUGAAAUGUAAUUAGAUGAAGUGUAAUAUUCUGAUGUUCUUUUCUAACUAGGUUGUGUAACUAAUGAUGCAAUAAACGUGAAAUAUAUUCCAGUGAA